AGAGAGAGAGAGAGAGAGAGAGGGAGUCAGUUAGUUGCGACAGGUGAAGAAAUCAGAUAGAUGUCUUGUCUUCUGUAUGGAAUAGAGAAUCUGUAGUCCCUCUCUUUGCUGCCUCGCCUGGUUUAUAGGAUGAAUCCAGGUUCUGAACCAGCUUUUUAUUCCUUCGCUCUACGUCUGAUCGAGUGACCGAGUUAAAGAUGACCCACUUCUUGUCUUGUCCUUCGUUCUUCUCUUUUCAUCUUUCCCUCCUUCUCCUGACAGCUUGUCUAUGGGAUGGAGUUGAGAGUUUGUCGGGAGACGGGAAGAGUGUCUGGUUAAAGCCGUUGAACCACAGCGACUUUCUGUCGGGGACUUUUCCAAAUGGGUUUCUAUGGGGCGUUGGGACGUCUGCGUUCCAGACGGAAGGUUCUUGGGAUCUGGACGGGAAAGGAGCGUCAGUUUGGGACAAUUUUACUCGUAAUCGUAUCCAAGGAAUGGGGUCUAACACUCGAGCGGACACUGCCAGCGACAGCUACGCCCUCUGGGAGCAGGACGUAGAGGCGGCGCAGUACCUCGGCGUCAACUUCUACGCUUUUUCGCUGUCUUGGCCGAGACUCUUUCCAGACGGUGAUGCUACUGGAAAGGCAAACUCUAAGGCAGUGCAACACUAUCGCCGGUUGAUCCACAGGAUAAGGGUGCAAGGUCUUGAGCCGGUAGUCACCCUGUUCCACUGGGAUUCGCCCCAAAGCCUGCAGGAGCAGUUUGGCGGCUGGAAGAACCGGAAGAUGGUCGAGAAGUUUGCAGACUACGCCGCAUUCUGCUUCACCACGUUUGGACGAGCUGUGCGAUACUGGAUCACGAUGCACAACCCAGCUCUGGUUGCGCUUCUCGGUUACGGGACAGGGGCUCACGCGCCGGGGGUGAUCGGCGACCCAGCCGACCGCUUCAUUGUAGCCCAUAACCUCAUCAGGGCUCACGCUGCAGCGUGGCACAUAUACGAUAAGCAGUUCCGUGACCAGCAGAACGGUCAGAUAUCCAUCACACUCGGCUCCCACUCGGUGAAACCCUUCACAGCCACGGCAGCCAAUGUAGAGCUGUGCCAGAAGUCCAUGGAGGCGGUGAUUGGCUGGUUUGCAGAACCCAUCCACGGUUCUGGGGACUAUCCGAGGUCCAUGAGGGUCCAGGAGCUGAUCCCAGAGUUCACUCUGGAGGAGAAGCUGUGGGUUCGAGGAACCGCUGACUUCUUCUCGCUGGCGUUUGGACCGGACACGGCGCGGGGGGUCCGCAGUCAGGGGUCUCGCUUUGGUCAGAACAUGACGCUGGACCUCAGGAAGGUUCUGGUGUGGGUUCAGAAGGAGUAUGGAGAUCCGCGGGUUCUGGUGGCGGAGGGCAGUUGGUUCAGUGAUGCGUCUGAAGGGGUGGAGGACACGCUCGCUGUGUACAAUAUGAAAACCUUCAUCAACCAGGUGUUUCAAGCUGUGGUUGUGGACCAGGUGAAGGUGUUUGGCUACUCCGCCUGGUCUCUGGUGGAUGGAUUUGAGUGGAAUUAUGGGUACAGCAUCAGAAGAGGACUCUUUUACAUAGACUUCAAUCAACCCCAACGCAACCGAGUCCCAAAGACCACAGCGCAGUACUACAGACAGAUCGUCAAAGACAACGGCUUCCCCAGUGACGGGACAGAGCGGGACAUUGUGGGUCGGUUUCCUUGUGACUUUCAGUUCGGAGUUGCAGAUAUUACCCAGCAGGUACACCUACGACCAUUUUCCCCACAGUUCAUUGACCCUCUUCUGUAUCGCUGGAACUUCUCCGGUGACGGCACUCUCCGUCCUGUGGUUGGGGUGAGGCUGAGAACACGGGGAUCCCAGUGCAGCGAUUUCCUGGCUAUUCAACGCCACAUUCGUCUCAUAGAGAUGACCGGCUCAACGCAUUAUCGCUUCGGCCUGGACUGGCCUCAACUACUACCGAAUGGUGAUGUCUCGUUACCAGACUGGAAGGCGGUACGAUAUUACCACUGCCUGCUGGAGGAACUCCAAAGGAAGGGAAUCCAGACUGCCGUUACGCUCCUCCAUCCCAGCCAUAGGUCUCCAACUCUGGGCUUACCCGGCCCACUGGACGCCAACGGUGGUUGGGCGAACUCAAGCACGGCUGAGGCGUUCGUUGACUACGCCACAUUUUGUUAUCGGGAGUUUGGCUCAUUGGUGCGACUCUGGAUUACUAUCAAUGAGCCAAAUAGUUUAACGCACACGUAUAACGGAAGUGCUCAAGACAAGGAAGCGGUGGUUCGUAACCUUCUGCUGGCACAUGCUCGAGCAUGGAAAGUUUACCACACUCAUUAUCGCCAAAAGCAGGGGGCGACGGUGAGCUUUGCGGUGCAUGCCAACUGGGUGGAACCUGCAAAUCCUUUCAUAAAAUCGCACAGCGGUGCUGUUCAGAGCUUCAUGUUGUCUGAGCUUGGACGUUUCCUCGACCCUUUCCUUGGGGACUUGGACCAUGCUAAAGAAUAUCCUAAAGAAGAUACAUACUCUGAAUGCUCUGGAUACUCCAGAUCCUUUCAUCUCCCGCGCUUUUCUGAGGAUGAACGGAUUGAACUCAAGGGGGCUCUGGAUUUUAUUGCUCUUAACCACUUCACCACAUGUCUGGUUUACUCUUUACAACCCCAGUCACAACAAGACUACGGCCCGAUGUAUGACCCCACAUGGACCACAUCAAAGAAUCACUGGCCUAUGGUCCCCUCGGGGCUCCGUAGAGUCCUAAACUGGGUGAAGGGCCGCUAUAAGGAUAGCCGUCCUGUAGUCAUCACAGCGACAGGGAUUGAUGACCAUUCGUUGCAUGAUGACCUCAGGCAGAGGUAUAUAAGGAGCUACCUGCAGGAGGCGCUGAAGGCGCGAGAGCUGGACGGCGUGGACUUGCGUGGCUUUUACGUCUGGAACCUCCAGGAUCAUCACAGUUCUCACUUCGGCUUCUUCACCGCCUCCCACCUCCAUUCCCAGCCCAAAGCGUCCGUCGCUCUGUACCGACAGAUCGUCUCCCAGCGGGGAUUUCCUGAUGAUGAUGAUGAUGAAGAUGAUGAUGGCGACCCCAUGACCUCAGAGUGCGAGUUCAGCGACAGGGCGAAGGCCUGUUGGCUGUGUAGCGGCAUCGUCGCCGAGUAUAAGCCCCUCCUCUUCUUCGGGACGUGUCUCACCGUUAGCGUGUCUAUGCUAGCCGGGGUCAUCGUCACCAUGGUGGUGAUGAAGAGCAGGAGGAAGAGGAGGAUGAGGGCGACGCAGGCCACGCCGCAGAGAAUACGCCGUCAGCAGAUGUUCGCCACGCAGAGAACGGCUCACCGAAACCCUGUGUUCCUCAAGAGCUCGACCAGGAACGGACUGUCCCGGAACUGUCCCAACAUUUUCGAAAUUAAAGAAUUCGGCGUUCAGCGUAAACAGUGUCCGAACUUCAAAACCAUACGCUUCUCCUCCACCCUGCAGUCCACACCAUCACCACACGCAAACUAACGCCUACACUGAUCAGCCAUAACCAACAGAUUAGCCCCUCCCACUCACACUGAAGUUAUAUAGAGUGUUUCAUCACAAACAGAUUAUUAACCACUUUAAUAAACUUACACUGAUCAGCCAUUACAUUAAAACCAGCAGACUAGCCCCUCCCACUCACACUGUGAAGUUGAGUGUUCCAGCACAAACUAAUUAUUAAACACUUACAUAAUACACUUACAUUAAUUAGCCAUAACAUUAAAACCAGCAGUCCAAUGAAGUUAUAAAAAGUGUUUCAUCACAAACAGAGCAGCCAAUCAGAGCAGAGCUUAUUUGCAAAGACAAUACUUGUGUAAAAAUUCAUUAUAUCUUUGUGAUUAUUAUCUCAAAUUCAUCCAAUGUACAUAAUAUUUCUCACUAUCAGAAUAUAUUAAGAUUAUUUAACUUAUUUCAGAACGUUUUAGUAAUUUUAUCUGUUGUUGGAGUGAUUAAAUUAAAUAUGAUUUUUUAAGCAAAGCAGAAAACAAAUAUAAGAAUAGAAUAGAAUACAAUAGAAUAAGUUUAUGAACUUUACAAUAUUUUAAUACACUAUGAAAAUGAGAAAUAAUGAGAGAUAUUGUGUAAGAUCUGUAAGAUCACUUUCUUGGGCAUUAUUGUUGUUUUGUUCUUUUGUCUGUUUUUUUUAUUUGUUUGAUUUGUUCGAAUCUCAGCAUGUCCCCAGUGCUUGUAUAUAUUGUGCAAAUGUAUAUUUUGUGAUUAAAGUGAAAUAAAUUAUAUUAAAUGUAUAAAACAAG